AACUAGAGGAUUGGAUGUGGCAGUUGGAUUUCUCUCCACACAAUAUGGAAUGUGCUUCCUUCUACAUUUAGGACCAUGUCUGUCAAUACACUGGCUGAUCUAAUCAAGACAUGUUGCUGUAGCAUACCUCAGCUGUGCCAACCUCUUCCAUAAAUGUUGUGCGUGCCUACUAAUGUACAAGAGAUCUUAAACACAAUCAGUCUUUUGUGACUCUAGCUACAAAUGACUCUUAUGUUAAAGGAGCACUGGUCUUGGGUUCAUCUCUGCAACACCACAGAACAAUAAAGAAACUAACUGUGCUCAUAACGCCUCAAGUCUCUGCUCCCAUGAGGAAAGUGCUGGAAAAAGUCUUCGAUGAAAUCUUAUUGGUAGAUGUCUUGGACAGUGGAGAUUCCGCCCAUCUAGCACUAAUGAAAAGACCAGAGCUUGGUGUCACACUAACAAAACUCCACUGCUGGGAACUGACUCAGUAUUCAAAAUGUGUGUUCAUGGAUGCAGACACAAUGGUUUUAUCAAAUAUUGAUGAGCUUUUUGAGAAAGAAGAGCUAUCUGCAGCACCAGAUCCAGGCUGGCCAGACUGUUUUAAUUCUGGAGUUUUUGUUUAUCGACCUUCCAUUGAAACAUACAAUCAUCUGUUACAACUUGCCACAGAGAAAGGCAGCUUUGAUGGUGGGGACCAGGGGUUAUUAAACACUUUCUUCAGCAGCUGGGCAACAACAGAUAUUAACAAACACUUGCCAUUUAUUUAUAACUUAAGCAGCAUCUCUCUAUACUCCUACCUUCCAGCAUUUAAAGCGUUUGGUUCAAAUGCUAAAGUAGUGCAUUUCUUAGGAAGAAUGAAACCAUGGAAUUACACAUAUGACUCUAAAACCAAAAGCAUAAAAGGUGACACAAGUGAUCCCACAAUGGUUCACCCAGAAUUCCUCAACAUGUGGUGGCAUACCUUCAUCACCAACAUCUUACCACUACUAGAACAACAUGGAAUUGUUAAAGAUGCCACUACAGGUGUAACGGCGCUAUCGGGCUUGGUCUAUUCUCUGGCUUUCUCUUGUGGCUUCUGUAGAGAGGAAGAGGUUACAGAAGCAGUGUCCCACAUGUCACUUUCAGGAGCAGCGCCAACUUCGCCACCAUCUUCCCCACCAGCUGAAUCUUCAGAAGAACGGAAGGAGAGGUGGGAGCAAGGCCAGGCUGACUACAUGGGAGCAGACUCCUUUGACAAUAUCAAGAAAAAACUUGACACUUACCUCCAAUAGAAGCACUUUUAUUGCCGAUGUUCACAGAGAUACAAGGACUUGUUCCAGAGCUAUCGCAGCUAGGAAAAUGUUGAAUAUGGUCAGUUAAGCUUACCUAGUAACUUGAUAAAACUCAUGAGGCUGAAGAUCUUUUCAGUACUACAGGUGAGAACUGAGCAAAAGCUAUAAAGUAGAAAUCCUUGUGCUGGCUGUACCUGCACAAUCAUGAAGUCUUCCCUUUUAAGUAAGACUGCUGGAUAUGCCUAUUUUAAAAAAAACAAAACUGGGGAACAGUGGUUUGACACUUAUUCCUUUAAACCUGUAGGGCUGUGCUUUACCUCUUAAAAGAUGAAUGGCGUUACUCCUUUUGCUUGCUAUCUUAUAUAGGAGCCCCUAUAUUUUUUGGGAUUGUUUAGAAGUUGAAGUGUUUGCAACACUGCCUUACUGUAAAUGUUAGUACUAAACCGUUAGCAUACAUGCAAACGUGAUACAACUUCUAACAGCAAGGGCACUGCUUUACAGUAUUAGUCUCACACUGGAGAUCUUGACCAGGUUUUUAUGUACAGUACAUACAGCAUGGUAGAAUGUCUUUUAGUUCUGUAUACUAUAGGACUAGUAAAACUGAGUUUUACCUGUAAUAUUGCACUCAUUGCAAAAUAAAAAAACUUGUGAUGCAUUUCUGGC